AUCAAGCUACUUUUAAUAUUAAGGACACGGUAACCCAGCUGACCACUGCUGAGCACCGUGGCACUUGCUGAAGGGUGCACAACGCCUGACGCUCCACUGUGUCUUACAUUUGUUGUUUCAAGAUGUACUGAACCUUUAGCAAUCAUGAGCUUGCCUACUCGGUAGCUGAGCUGAGGCACAACCCUGGUCCCAACGAGCGCUGCGAACUUGGGGCCGAUGCCCGCUGGAUUGGUUUUCAGGACGAAACACUUAAUAAAUUGCAGCAGAUGGCGUAGCGGAGGAACUCUCGUUCCGAGGGCGCCAUGGAGCUGGAGAACGCAGGGCUUGAGGCCCGUGUGCGCGCUGGCACCCGCGGCGCCCUCUGCAGCAAUAUCUAUGGCGUCUAGCGUGCCUCUUGUGAUUGGCUGGGGCUCCUCAGUCACAUCGGGCUCCUACCAUGGCGCUAGCCUCUGGUUUACCACGCUGUGUGCGCUGUCGGUGGCCCUGGGUGCACUGAGCUACAACCUCAUGGCCACGCUGUCGGAGUUUUUCAACUUCGACCGCCGCACGCUAACCGCGCAGCCCCGCACCUACCUGUACGGGGUGGACGUGACGGGCAGCCGCUUCUUCCGCAUCCCCGCCGUGCUGGCGGCCGUGGAGUUCGCGGCGGUGGCGCACGCGGCGCAGCGGCGCAAGACCGGCGAGCCGUACGUGACGCACUGCAUUGAGACGGCGCUCAUCGUGGAGGCCUGCCUGCCCACAGCCAUCAGCUCCACCGAGCACGACAGGCACGUGGCCUGCAUUAUGGCGGCGGUACUGCAUGACGUCAUCGACGACACGCCCACGGACCCGGCAGCCAUGGCGGCGGCAUUCGGGCCGCGCGUGGCGGGCCUGGUGGCGCAGGUGUCCAAGCUCAGCCAAAUGAACCAGCUGCUGCGGCGCGGCAAGCGCCAGGGCUGGGCCCAGUACAGCCAGGACCACCUGAAGCAGCUGCGGCGCCUCAUCGUGGACCUGGCGUUCCAGGAGCCGUUGGUGAUCCUGGUGAAGCUGGCGGACCGCCUGCACAACAUGCGCACGGUGUAUGUGCUGCCCCCUGAGAAGCAGCGCAGUGUGGCGGAGGAGACGCUGGAGGUGUGGUGCUCCAUGGCGGAGAGCCUGGGCUGGGACGGACUCAAGUCUGAGAUGGAGGACCUGUGUUUCGCAGUGCUGCAGCCCGCCACCUACUGCACCCUGCGCGCCGAGCUGGACCGCCUGUGGAGCCUGCCCACUCUGGCCGUGGUGGAGGAGCAGAUGGGCAUGGGGGGCGCGGGCGAGGCGGCGGCGGCGGCAGGAGGAGCAGGGGCGGCAGCAGGGGCGGCAGCAGGGGCGGGAGCAGGAGCGGGAGCAGGAGCGGGAGGGCAGAAGGGCGGUGGAGGCGGAGCGGACGGCGGGGCGGCGGCGCCGGGAGCUGCGGCAGCUGGCGAUGGCGCGGGACUGGGGCUGCGCAUCGUGCAGCUGCCGGUCGACGCCGGCGCUGGCCGGACCUACACCCGCGCAGCCGGCGUGCGCGCCGCAUCCCAGCAGGCCCGGCGGCAGCUGUCGCGCGGGGGUCGCUCCAGCUCGUCGGCCGCAGGCGAGACCGCCGAGGCCGUCAUUGCUGCGUCGGCGGUGCCCUUCCCCGUCACGGCCUCGUCCUCGGCGGCAGCCGGGCCGGCGGCGCCCGCGGCCGCGCCAGCGUCCGGCUCGCUUGGCCCCACACACACUUCCGCCUCCGCCUCCGGCUCCGCCUCCACCCCAACCUCGGGAUCGGGGUCAGGGUCUGGGUCCGCUGCGGGCGCAGCAGCGCCCGCCGCAGCUGCCGCUGCGGCCACCGCCGCCGUGGGUAGGCUGCCGGCACCUGCGUCAACGAUGUCGGCGUCUGUGUUGAUGCUGCAGGAAGAGGGGGGGCCGCAGCCUCACGCGCCAGGGGGGCCGCAGCCGAACACGCCAGGGGGGCCGCAACAGCAGCAGCAGCAGCAGCAGCAGCAGCAUGGGGAGGAGCAGGAGGCGGGCGUGGCGGCUGCACCCAUGUCUGCCGCGGCGGCGCCGAUGGCUACCUCCCCGUCCUCGCCACCUACUUCAUGGGGGGCAGCAGGCGCGGGUGGGGCGCUUGGCUCCGGCCACGCCGCGUCGGCUAGCAGCAAAGCCAACGUCUGCGAUGACUUUGGCGGCGCUGGCAGUCGCAGUAGCAGCGGUGCCGGCAGUAGCAGCACUAGCGGCACUAGCGGCACUAGUGGCAGCAGCACCAUGUCGUAUCUCGGCGAGGGCUUUUCCGGCAGCAUGGACGUCGAGCCUGCCUCCUUGGCGGCCGGCAGCCUCGGCGACUUCGGCAGUAGCAGCAGCAGCGGCGGCAGUAGCAGCAGCAGCAGCAGCAGCAGCAGCAGCAGCAGCGGCGGCGGCAGUAGCAGCAGCAGCGGGCGAGGCCGCGGGCUCUCCAGCUGGAGCAUCGAUGGCCCAGCUUACGCAGGUGGCGGCGGGGACGUCGGCGGCAGUAGCAGUAGCAGCAGCAGCUACGGCACGCUUGAGUCGGUCGACGGGCCGCUCUUGUUCGACGACGACAUGGAGCUGCCGCCCGGGCUCGCCGCCGCCGCCGCCGCCGCCGCCACCGCGGCUUCCUCGUCAGGUAAAGCGGCCGAGGUGGCAGGCGGCGGCAGCGGCGGCGGCGGCUCUGGCGGCAGCAGCAGCGGCGGCGGUGGCGGCGGCGGGUCUGCGCUGCAGCGAGACGGCGGCCGCGGUGGCAUCCGCAUCCCAAUCGCCGGGACGCUGCCAGGAAUCCUUGGGGGCGGCACGGGUGCAGCAAUGCCUGGUCCUUCGGCGCCGCUGCCGGCUGCUGCGCCGGGCAACAGCCCGGUCCCGGGCCCGCUUCAGCCGCUACAGCCGCUGCUGCAGCCGCUGCUGUCCAGCUUUGGCGCCGCCGCCUCCUCCUCCCCUACCUUCUCCCCUCCCUCCUCUCCUUCCUCCACCAACCCCGACGCCGCCUCCGCUUCCUCUUCCGCCGCCGCGUCCGCCGGGUCUGCAUCCGCGGCGCCGUCGUCGCUGCUGCCGGGCGGGCUGUCGGAGGGCGCAGUGAGCGAUAGCCCGCCUUCGCCCUGUCGGCCGCUGGCGCCGCUGAGCCCUCAGCAGCAGCGGCUGGCGCUGGUGCUGUCCACGGUGGUGCCCUUUGAGGCGGUCAGCUUCAAGAACCUGCGGGGGCUGGCCAGCAGCACACGUCGUGGCCUGGACGUGUUGGACGAGUGUGCGGCGCUGCUGUACAACGAGAUCCAGAUCCGCAGCCAGACGGGCGGGCUGGACAUCAACAUACAGGGCCGGCUCAAGUCGCUGAACAGCGUGUACCGCAAGAUGGUGCGGAAGAACUGCGCGGUGGCACAGGUGUACGACUCGCGGGCGCUGCGUGUCAUUGUGGACGACGACGACGGCGACAGCCUACAGGAGGCUGUUGAGGCCUGCUACCGGCUGGUCAGCGCGGUUCAUUCCAUUUGGAAGCCCAUCAAAAGGGAGUUCGACGACUACAUCGCAAACCCCAAGCCCUCAGGAUACCAGGCGCUGCACACAGCUGUCCGCGGCCCCGGCGGCAUCCCCAUGGAGGUCCAGAUCAAGACCAGCUCCAUGCACGAACUGGCCGAGUACGGCGCGGCGGCGCACUGGGUGUACAAGGAGUACACGCCGCUGCUGCAGAGCCCCGGCCGCAGCCGGCGCGGCUCCCCCGCCGCGGAGAAGCUGCCGCCGGGCUUCGUGGGGCAGCCGCUGCUCAAGAUCAGCAAGGACAAGCUGAGGUACGGUGUGGUGGUGUGUCGCGAGGACGAGGGCCAGCGCCUGGUGGCGGCGGUCAAGGGCGGCGCCACCUUCCGCCCCUUCCCAACGCGCGUGUCCGACUACGGCUUCUACGCCGCACUGCUGGCCUACACGCGGGAGCGCGGCUGGCAGGUGCCGGGCCACGGCGAUCUGCAGCUGCGGCUGGAGGAGUACGUCAAGUGCGACGACGGCCGCUUCCACCGUCGCGACCACAUGGGCUACCUCAUACCCGCCGAGACCAUCACACUGCUGGAGGGCUUCGAGGAGGACGCCGCAGCCGCAGCCGAGGCCGCCGCCCGAGCAGAGCGCGCCGCCGCCGCCGCCGCCGCCGCCGCGGCCAGCGCCACCGCCACCGCCACCGCCACCGCCACCGCGACUGCCAGCGUCUUGGCGUCUCUGGACGGCUUGGUCAGCGGCGGCAGCAUGAGCGACAGCAGCGGCGGGCUGCGCAACAGCGUCGACGAGAACGACUCCGCCCUGUCCUCGUCUCUGGCCUCGUCUGCGGCUGGCGCCGCAGGAGUGGCGGCAGCAGCGGCGGCGGGCCCGCCCUCUGGCGCCGUGUCCGAUACGGAGUCCGGGGCCGGAGUGCCGCCGGGUUCGGUGGGGACGUCGGGCUCGGGCUCUGGGGAGGCCCAGGCGCGGCGGUUCCGGGAGCAGAUGCGCGCCACCUUCGCCAAGACGCAGCAGCUGAGGAGCAUGAUCGCCUGGGGCGAGGGCGCCAUCGGCAAGUACGCGGCCCAGCAGGAGGACUACGGCCGUGACGAGGUGUCUGUGCUCAUAUGGCCGGGCGGCAACAUCGAGUAUGUGGCGCGCGGCACCACCGCCGGAGACAUCGCGGCCGAGAAGGGGCUGGGCGAGAUGGCGGGCCGCGGGUACCCGGCGGGAGAGGUGGGCUAUGACGGCUACCGCGUCAACCUGCUCAUCAACGUCAACAACCGCCUGGUGCCCGAGGACACGGUGCUCAACGACGGCGACCUGGUCAUCCUGUCGCGAGAGAAGGUGGUCAUCUAGCGUCGGAAGGGAAGGUGGUCCUGUCCUGAGGCGUCGUGUCCGCAUUUCAGGGCGUUUCCUUCUGCAUAUGGCGUGACGCGGCGUGGCAUGGGCAUGGGAGACAGCAGAAGCACCCCGUCUCCGACGUCUCCUCAGGCUGCCGCAGCCGCGAUGGUGGGUCACGCACGUGCGCGGGCUGGCGGGCAUCCAUGCACGUGUGGGCAUUGCGCAGCAUGGUGUCGACGUAUGCAUGGGAUGGCAUGGGGCUUGCCGACCGGCCCAGCUUACAGCCGGCAUUGACAUUUGCAGAGCCGUAGUCGGCGUGUGGGGAAACUGGCGGGCCCGCAGGCGCCGUCCAUGGCUGUGUUGAGUGCGUGUCACUGAGGGGUGUGGAUAGCUGGGGAGAGAGAGUGCGGUUCUACGGCGGAGCGAGGCGGGGUGUGAUGUGCGGCAGCAAGCACGUGCGAGCGUCUGGCAGUGUACAGUAUAUUUUGUAAAACCUGGAGUUGUACAUGUUUUGUGUAAGGCGUGUUUGGUGUGGAUUGGCGCCUGCGUUGGACACGCGUAUAGUUGCUUGGGGAGGGGUCGCGUGGCAAGCUAGGAUUGCAUGUUGGAAAGCAACUGCUGUGCGCGGCGAGGGACGAGGGUGAUGGUAUCCGUACUAUGCGAGGCCGCGAUGCGUGCGCCAUAUCCGCACGGCUCGAAUGUACCAUGUUUGGACGGCUGAAAUGAACUCGUUGGCUUCCACCAGAGGACACCACAACCCUGUGCCGUACUGCGGGGUCGCAGCCGCAUGUGUGCGUGGAGGCACCGACAUCCUAGGCGACCGAGCGGGACCUUGAGAGGGACUUUGCGGGAGACGGAGUGGGCGACCGAGAGAGGGGCCGAGUAGGCUUUGGACACAUGGCGCUGUAAUUUGCACAGCGACCAGGGCAGGAGGUAAUGUCGUGCGUACGUGCCAUGUCUCACGAGUCCCAACGCAUCCGGCACAUAGCGGUCUCAGUGUCUCACCUCGUUUGGGCAAUGCCUGUAGUACCCGUGCUGUUGCGCUAAGUUGAUGGAACUGCGUUGCUUGUCACGUUUGCAUAUCUCA